UUGGGGGAAACAUGUCGUCGGCAUCUGAAACAGCGACAAAGGUAAAGAAACCUGGGUAAUUGAAGGUGCAAAUGCAUUACAUGCUCACUUACAGCAUCAGACACGGAGUAGGACGGACGAUCAAUGCAUAAAAACGUCACAAGUUGCGCCAUAGAGUGAAAUUAUCUCAAAUUUCUGACCAGUAUGCUGCUGGACCAGCAGUGCUGGUUUAAGCUGCUGGUUUGUCUCUGUCGAGCUAUGCUGCAACGCUAACUGGACACAGAUGAAUCCAAUCAGAACAGAAACGCUGGUUGUGUGGUCGUGGCUGGGCAUCAUACCCGGGAUAUUGUGUUGUUUCUUAGUGCCAUGGUUGAAGAAAAGACCACCACACGCACUGCAGGGCUGGAUCCGACCACAUCCUCCAGCUGUGCCCGGUGUAUUGGCGCGCAAUAAGCCCCCCAUUCAUCAUUCAUUAAGCCAGGCACUGCCGGAGCCCCUUGGGGACAAUGCGCUAGAAAAUAAAGCAGAGUUGACCUCGGCACCAAAUCAAGUACAAACAGGUAACGCUGCCCCCUCCACAGCUCUGGUCGUCAAGGAGAUGGAGCCUUCGCCUGUGGGCGGGACCUCCUCAGCAUCCCUGUUUCAGCUGCCAAUCAAAGAGCGUGCCUCCAAACCUGCGGAAGAUAGCGACGCCCCACCCUCCUCCUCUCCACCAAUGAGGGCUUUGACAGGACACGCAUCCAAGACCUUCCUCUCAACCACAUCCUCCACCUCCUCCUCCUUCCCAUCCACCUCCUUCGCCUCCUCCUUCUCCUCCUCCUUCCCCACCACCUCCUCCUCGUCUCCCUCCACCUCCUUCUCCUCCUCCUUCCCCACCACCUCCUCCUCCUCUCCCUCCGCCUCCUUCUCCUCCUCGCCCGGGAGAGCCAAGAUGAGCGUGUCAGGGCCAGGCACCAGCAAGUCCACGCUGCCCCCUGCUCCUCCCUCCUCCUCCUCCUCCUCCUCCUCCUCGAGCCUUGCUGUCUCCGGCCCCCCGCCGAAGGUCCACCGAGCGAGGAAGACCAUGAACAGACCCCCCCCUGCGCAGCUGAGUCGCGUUGAGGCGCCCAUCUUCCUGGUGAUGCCGUCGGGCCCCUCAGCCUGCCUCCUGUCGCAGAGUGAAACCGCUGCCAAAAGAAGACGGUUGGGUCUGAUGUUCGAAGGCACAAGCGAGAUGGACAUCAGUGCUUCGGAGAAAGGUCAAAGGGGGGUGGAGCCUGUUGCCAAGGCGGGACCAGCCGAGAGCAGCGAUUGGCUGAAGGAGCCGAAGGAUGAAGAGGAUCCAAUUCAAAUCUCUGACAAGGGCGUCGGAGAGGCCGAGGCCCAGAGGGAGAGCCACGGUAAGAACGGCCCGGGCACGUUUCCAUGGCUACAGCCUGGGCGGAGCCAGCAGAGGGAGGGGGCUCAGGGCUCGGAGAUGCAUGAAGGCUCCAGGGGGCCUGGGGUCAGUGCUGUGGGGGGGCCCCCUGACUACUCGGAGGUUCCUCUGGACGUCUCUGCUGCUGACAGCCUCACUCUCUCGCCCCACCACGAGGGAAGUGAUGCGGGGGACCGUCUAGAGGAGCUGCCCCUGUGCAGCUGUAGGAUGGAGGCCCCCCGGGUCGACUCCCCCGGGCCGGGGGUCAACCGCCGCUGCAUGGCCACGGAGAGCGCGGACGGAGAGCUGCGUGCGUGCCUCAGCGUGACGGUGAAGGCGGAGACGAUGCGUCCCUCGAGCCGCGUGGCUCUCCAGGUGCUCUGUGACCUCCACCGCGCCCACAUGGUCAAACACCACUGCUGCCCCGGCUGCGGCUUCUUCUGCCUCGCGGGCACCUUCCUGGAGUGCUGUCCCGACCAGCGCAUCGCCCACCGCUUCCACCGCGGCUGCGUCACCGUGCUGGGCGGCGCCCGCGGCCGCGGCAACAACAACAACAGCAACAGCCAUCACCAUGGCAACCACCACAGCAGCAGCAACAACAACGGCAGCAGCAGCAACAACGGGGGCGGGGGGAUGCUGUUCUGCCCCCACUGCGGCGAGGACGCCUCGGAGGCCCAGGAGGUCACCAUCCUCUCGCCCGUCUCCGCGGCGACCGGCGUGGUCACCAUGACGGCGUCCUCCACCACCGCGCCCUCGCUGGCCACGCCCGCCGGGGGGGCGGGAGGGGGAGGGGGGAAGCCCGACAGACCCGUGGGUGCGCGUAUGCGUGGCCACGGCGUUCCCCCGCGGGACCCCGACCACCACGCCCAGCCCCCCCCCCCGGCCCCCCUGCCCCCCCCGCGCCCCGCCUCCGACCCUCUGGCCUCGUCCUCGUCGGUCGCCACGGAGACCCGGCCCCCGGCGUCGGAGGGGGGCGAGGGGGAGGGGGUGGACAGCGCGGGGCCCUCGCUCUGCCUGCCCAACGGGGGGCUGGUGUGUCCCAGCGCGCUGCCCCCGGGGCCCAGCAGGGCGGCGCUGCAGAAGGCCAUCCUCACCCACGACACCGAGAGCCGUCCUUCCCUCCUGGAUGGCGCCUCUUCCUCCAGCGGCCUGAAGGAGGCCGAGGGCAACGGGCUGAAGACCCACGUGCCGAUGGAGAGGAGGAAGAAGCUCCGGUACCACCCCCGCCAGCUCUUCCCGGCCACCAAGCAGGGGGAGGUGUUGAAGGUUCUGCUCAUGCUCAUGGAGGGGAUGGAUCCCACCGGCCAGCCUGACUCCCAGGGCAGGCGGUCAGCGCUGCACGCUGCUGCCCAGAGAGGAGCUCUGGAGCUCUGCUACAUGCUGGUCCAGGCGGGCGCCAACGUGGACGCCAAAGACAAGACCACGAGGACCCCUCUGCUGGAGGCCAUCACCAGCGACCACGUGGAGGUGGCCCGCUACCUGGUGCAGUGCGGGGCCUCCGUCUACCACGUGGAGGAGGACGGCUACACGGGGCUCCACCACGCCGCCAAGCAGGGGAACCUGCAGCUGGUCCACCUGCUGCUGGAGACGGGACAGGUGGACAUCAACGCCCAGGACAGCGGCGGCUGGACGCCCAUCAUCUGGGCGGCGGAGCACAAGCACAUGGACGUGAUCCGGGCGCUGCUCAGCCGCGGCGCCGACGUCACCAUCCAGGACAAGGAGAUGAACAUGUGCCUCCACUGGGCCUCGUUCGCGGGCAGCGUGGACAUCGCUGAGCUGGUGCUGAACGCCGGCUGCUCGCUGUCCUCCGUCAACAUGCACGGGGACACGCCGCUGCACAUCGCCGCCCGCGAGGGCUUCAUGGAGUGUGUCACGCUGUUCCUGUCCCGGGGGGCCAACAUCGACACCACCAACCGGGAGGGGGACACCCCGCUGAGCCUGGCCAAGCCCGACACGCCCGUCUGGGUGGCGCUGCAGAUCAACAGGAAGCUGCGCCGGGGCGUGGCCAACCGGGCGCUGCGCACCGAGAGGAUCGUCAGCAGUGACGUCGCCCAGGGUUACGAGAACGUGCCCAUCCCCUGUGUGAACGCUGUGGACGAGGAGGGCUGCCCGUCGGACUACAAGUACAUCUCGGAGAACUGCGAGACGUCGGCCAUGAACAUCGACCGCAACAUUACCCACCUACAGCACUGUAGUUGCGUUGACGACUGCUCCUCAAGUAACUGCCUUUGUGGACAGCUCAGCAUCCGCUGCUGGUACGACAAGGACCAGCGGCUGCUCCAGGAGUUCAAUAAGAUCGAGCCCCCGCUCAUCUUUGAGUGCAACCUGGCCUGCUCCUGUUUCCGCUCCUGUAAAAACCGGGUGGUCCAGGCCGGCAUCAAGGUGCGCCUGCAGCUGUACCGGACGGAGAAGAUGGGCUGGGGUGUCCGGGCGCUACAGGACAUCCCCCAGGGGAGCUUCAUCUGCGAGUAUGUGGGGGAGCUGAUCUCGGACGCGGAGGCAGACGUUCGGGAGGACGACUCGUACCUGUUUGACCUGGACAACAAGGUUUGAUUCAGCAGAGUCCCAACACACACCUUUCUCUGUUUUGAGUCAUGAUG